AUGCUCCUCCUCUCCUCCAUUCUCGCGCUAUUGUGCAUUUCGGCGGCUCGAGCCGACUGUCCGGCGGCGCUGAAGACGUUGUUGAACGCGAAUCUGGAGUCGAACCAGGUGAACGGAUGCGGCUCCGAUUGGCAGUACUCUGCGCGUCCGUCCGGCGGAUGGUGCUACAAGGUUCGUCGUGCGAGGAGGUUCCCGCAUCAAGUAUCAUCGUGUUGUUCAGGUCUUCCUGGGAAGUUUGAGCCAGGCUGAUUCGGCGGCGCAGUGCGUGGCUCAGGGAGCCGUGCUCUCCGGACUUCAGGACACCACCGAACUCGCUUUCAUUCAGGGUACAGAACCUUUCAAAUCCUUAGUUUAGAUCUAUCUCAAACUGACCCUUUGCAGCGGCGACACUGGCCCAAAUGACGCAGGCAAGUGGAUCCGUGUGGCUCGGGUUGAAAAGAACGGCGGCGUGCAGCAAGAUCGGAAAGACCGCCGCGUGCACGAACACAACCGCGUUCGCAUGGACCGACGGAUCCGCGACCGGCACCGCCGGAUUCGUGUUCCAGGACGGACAGCCGGAUAACGUGAGCGCUAGGUACGGUUUUCGGCGGCAAACUGCUCGAGAGUUAGCGGUGUGACUAUUCCAGCAAAGACCAAGACUGCGCCCUUCUCCUCGUCGCCAACACCACGACCAUCACCGCCGGAGCCACGUACUACAGCGGUCAGCUGGACGAUGUUCAGUACGUGUCCAACUAGAUCUACAAUAUUCAAACGCGUACAUUUGUGUGUUGCAGAUGCGCGCCGACGUUCGCCGCCUACAACCAGGGACGUGUGACUCGUGCGUUUGUCUGCGGAAAGAAGGCUUCGAAGUAA